GAGGGUUGCCGACACCAUCAUUGUGCCUCCCAGAACAGACGCACUGUUGCUGCAUGCUAACACCCUUGAUAGCACGAAUAAUAACUUACACCUCACAGCAAGCAAUGCGCAACAGAUCAUCAGCAUCACUCUCGUGGCUGACAACUGUUGGGCACUCAGCUAAGUGCCUUGUCAAGGACAAGGACGUCUUCUUGCGGGGGGUUCGGGGAGAUGGUAUCAGGGCAGCGUUUACGGCGGGAGUGGAUGCGCAUGCCGCAUCGGUGCGGCAAAAGAAGAGAGGGAUUGGACUGCCCACCGAGGAGCUGAAUGCGGAGAGCACUGGGAUGGGCGGGGAGGCGUCGUACAAGCACCCAGAUUUGCGACGUAUGGUGGUACGGAUGGGCGGGGAAGCUACGGGACCAAACCACAUAGCCGCAGCUAUAGCUGCGUGUGAUUGCUCCAUGGCAGCGGCGGAUGAGGGAGCUGCAGUCAUUACGGGGGAUGCAGCCGUUGAGGGAGAUGCAGCCGUUGAGGGAGAUGCAGUCGUUGAAGGAGAUGCAGUCGUUGAGGGAGAUACGACCGUUGACGGAGAAUGGAUCAUUUUUCAGGACGUGGCCGAGAUGUUCGCAUGGGAUCCGCACCCUGUGAAUGGGAUACGCCCGUCGUCGUAUGCAUCAUUGUUACUGGCAAAGGAGGUUGCGGGGCGAUCGGACACAGUGGCAGCAACAUUGGACUUGGGGCGGACAUGA